AUGGACAACGCCAACCUGUGGACUCGCCGGUCGAACACUAGCAAGCUGUCCCUUUCCACCUCCGGUUCGGACAACAAAGACAACAGUGGAAGACAGGAUUCCUCUCGUAGCCAUCCAUCCAAGCGAUUCGGGCCUGACAGUUCCCACAGCGGCCGCUCCAACCCUUUUAACGCGAUAUCUCCCCUCACCACAAAUGCACCCUCACCUUCCAUAGCCGCUUCUUCUGCCUUUGGCUUGGGAUCAGGUGCCUUUGCCUCCUUUGGUUCGGCGAAAACUCCCAAAACCCCAGGCGCAUUUGAGCUGAAUAACUCAAAAUCCUCCAGCGAGAAACGAGAGACGCAAACAGAAAACGAAGGGUCGAAUAAUAAAACUGUGAAAUCGAAGGAGUCAUCAUCGUCCCUUAAUAAUAAUUCCUCUGCCCCUCCUGCUCUAAAGGAGCAUCCAAUAAGGUCCACUUGGAUUGUCUGGUAUCGGCCCCCAACCCCCAAAUACUCGGACUAUGAAAAGUCUACCAUAGCUCUUGCAUCGAUAUCUUCUGUAGAGAGUUUCUGGGCAGUUUAUUCACACCUGAAGAGACCAUCUCUUCUACCAGCCGUGUCGGACUACCAUAUCUUUAAGAAAGGAAUACGCCCGGUCUGGGAAGAUGAAUCAAACAGACGGGGAGGGAAAUGGAUUAUUAGAUUAAAGAAAGGGGUUGCUGAUCGCUACUGGGAAGAUCUGCUUCUCGCCAUGGUAGGCGAUCAAUUUGCAGAAGCCAGUGAGGAAGUGUGUGGGGCAGUCCUGAGUGUCAGAAGCGGGGAGGAUGUUUUGUCCGUCUGGACUAGGAUUGAUGGCGGACGAAACAUUAAGAUUAGGGAAACAAUCAAGCGGCUACUCGCUUUUCCUCCGGACACCAACAUCGUAUGGAAAAGCCAUGAUGACAGCAUUGCCCAGCGCUCGGCCAUCGAUCAAGCCCGUCAGGACAAAGCUGCGGGGAAUUCAGGUCAUCACCAAGGCUCGGAUCGUCGCCGUGCCCACAACCAAGAUGACACCUCCGUGGAUAAGGGGCGGAGCGCGGCAUCGUGA